GAGAGCUCUGCGUUGACGACGGGAUGCGAUAGCUGAUUUACUUUGGAGGACAUGAUACGAAGUCAAGUUGACCCUUGUUGUAGUCCAAUUGACCGACGGUCGAUCUUAUCUCUUUAUCGCCUAUUUGUUUGGUCACCGGCAUUUUCUGAACGUGCCCUGUGCUUCUUCCACUCUUCCACCUCAACCACCACCACCGCUCAUUGUCCUCAACCGCCAUCAUGCCACUAUUCGAUGUUCCAGGUUGGUCUGUCAAGUCUGACCCAGUACCAGAGGCCACCUCAUCCUCUCGGAAGCGGAGAAGAGCAUCCGAAGAUUCCGAUAAAUUGCUCGCCGCCGAGGCCAACUUGGGGAAACUGAUGAACAGGUUCAAGGGAAAUUCAUCGAGCCAGCGGGUCAAGGAGCCGAAGUCUGCUGACAAAUCUCGCAAACCAAAGUCUAAAAUUGACACGCAUGAGGACAAAAAGAAGGCUAUCUCUCUUCCGCGGCCGUUGAAAGCCGUGGACUCACGACAGUCGUUGCAUCGGCCGACUAAGAAAAUAAAGACGAAAUGUGCAGUGGAAGAAUCGUCGCCUAGUGUUAAUGUCGUACAAAGUAAGGAUGGUCUUACCGACCUACAGAAAGAAAUGAAGGAAAGUUUGAAUGGGGCGCGCUUCAGGAUGAUAAAUGAAACGCUGUACAAGUCAAACAGCUCUGAAGCAUUCUCGAUGAUGCAAGGGGACAAGAAUGUAUUUGAAGAAUAUCAUACCGGUUUCCGUCACCAAGUCCAAUCCUGGCCGACUAAUCCCGUGGAGACUUAUAUCGCUGCACUGUCAGACUAUCCUCCGAAGACUGUCAUUGCAGACUUUGGAUGCGGAGAUGCCGCUGUCGCUCAUGCUCUUUUGCCGAAAGGAUUCACCGUUUUAUCUUUUGAUCUCGUCUCGACAAAUGCCUUCGUUGUGGAGGCUGAUAUCUGCAACAAGCUUCCUCUGCCUGGUUCCGAACCACUUCAUGAUAAGGGAGAUGGCCAAGGCCACACCGUUGACGUCGUAAUAUGCGCAUUGAGUUUAAUGGGAGUUAACUGGCCUAAUUGCAUAAGAGAGGCGUGGAGAGUUUUGAGACCUGGUGGUGAACUCAAGGUAGCCGAAGUUGCAAGUCGCUUCGCGGAUGAUAAACAAUUUAUUUCUCUUAUUACCUCGAUAGGAUUUCGACUUGACUCUAAGGAUGUUAGCAAUACCCACUUCACCACAUUCGAAUUCAGGAAGGUUCCCAGGAAGCCUAAAACUGACAGGGAGUGGACGACUAUUCUCUCAAAGGGUGAUGUUCUUAAGCCAUGUGAAUACAAGCGAAGAUGAACAUCAAUAUCAUUGAAUGAAUAUACAGUAUAGACGGGCAUGUCUCGUGUAA